AUGCGGGCGGGUGGAUGGGCUCCAUGUGCCUCCUGCACGCUUCCCUCACCGAGUCGGUACUGGGCAGAUAUCUCCGACACUGUCAUCUCGGGGACCUUCCGGCAGUGGAAGGAGGGGACCACCAGAAGUGAGAUCUACUAUCCAGGGGACACCAUCGUGCACCAGGCGGGAGAGGCCACAUCAGUGCAGUGGAGUGCGGGCACCUGGAUGGUGGAAUACGGCCGGGGCUUCAUCCCCUCCACGCUCGCCUUCGCCCUGGCUGACACCCUCUUCAGCACUCAGGACUUCGUCACCCUCUUCUAUACCCUGCGCGUCUACGCCAAGGGUCUGCUCCUGGAAGCCAGUGCCUUCUUCAGCACCUUGGGCUGCUGAGCCCGGCUCGCUGGGGCGCCCUGCCAGGCAUGGCUGGCUCCUCUCCUCCCAGACUUCCUCCCUUUUCCUCCUCCUCCUCCCCGAGCCCAGGCUCUAGCAGAGGCAGCAGGAGACCCCCUGUGCCUGCCCCAAAUUGCUCUGUCCUUACCCAUGGAUCAGCUGGGUGCCAGGACAGAGGGACCAUGGCGGUCACUGCAAUACAGACCACAAGUUCUCUUUAAUACCUGUGUCUCCUGCCUUUCGAUUGGAGCCGUGUCCUGCUUUUCCAUCCCUCGAGGCUGGAAUGGCUUUGCAGGGUACAAACACCCCUGUGUGCCGUCGGCAUGCAGUGGGAGAGGGGCUGGAGCUGG